UAUAGAACAAUUAUGUUCAAGAUGAUUGGUUCACUUGUUUUGUGUAAUUUGAAAUGAAAAGCAACAGCUACAAAUCAUCACGUUUAAGCUUUUUAAAGCUCGUUGGAAUAAAAAUGUUAAUACGGUUUUGUCUUAAUAUUCUGCUGAGUAUAUUAUAGAUCGUAGGUUCAUAAAGUUUUGAUAAUACCCAGAAGAAAUAAAGAAGUUUUAGUUGCAUAUUUUUUGCAUCAAGAUGGUUAUGGAAAUGGAUGCGUCGUACGCUUUGCCAUCAUCGUCCAUAUUUCAAGAAUUACAACGUAUUCAUGAUACGGGAUUUUUUAGCCCUGUUCAUUCUUUGGAAGAUAAAUUUCAACAGAAUCGAUUGGAAAUGGAUCGUUACCUUGGCAACGAGCCUAACCGUCACAGUUCUGUAGGGAGUCGUGAUAAACAAAGCGAAGCUACUACGGUUGCUUGGAAUGAGUUUCAUGCUCCAGAUGAGAUGCUUGAGGAUGUCAACAGUUUAACCCAUGAUAUUGAACAGUUCAAACCUUAUUUCGAUUUCUACUCCAUGAACAGUAAAAUUCAUGUCGUGUUACCUGAGACACCAACUGAAUCCAAGUUCUCCGAUAGCACAGACUUACCUAUAUUUAAAAGAACUAAUAUUUCACGUUUCCCAUUAUUUAAUAAUUCACAGACAAUUGAGACUUCUUUAUAUUCAGACCAUGCUUUAGUUGUGAAACCAGUUAUCCUUACUCCACCAAGCUCACCUGAGUCGGUGUCAAGUAGUGGUAGUGGCAAUACGUCUCCACGUGUUCACAAAAUUACAAAGGGACAAAGAAUACAAAAGGCUAAAUUGCAAAAUACAAACACCACAAAACUUCUAGACUCGAUUACUCUAAACCCUGACAAUUCACUGAAUAUAUCUGAUUUAUCUAUCCUGGACUCUAAGAAACGUAUCCAUCGAUGUCAGUUUAAUGGAUGUAAAAAAGUAUAUACGAAAUCCUCACACUUAAAAGCUCAUCAAAGGACACACACUGGUGAAAAGCCAUACAAAUGUACCUGGGAAGGUUGUCACUGGCGAUUUGCUAGAUCAGAUGAACUUACGCGACAUUUUAGGAAACAUACUGGCGCCAAACCUUUUAAAUGUUCAGCGUGCGAUAGAUGCUUCUCCAGGUCUGAUCAUUUGGCAUUACAUAUGAAACGUCAUGGCAACAUACCCACGAAUAAUAAUAAUAAUAAUAGCAAUAAUAAUUCAAAUAGUACAAGUAAUUAAAUUAUUUUUUAGGUCAUACAUUUUAUUAAAGUAUUUCUGUUUUUUUCUGUUUUGAUUUUGAAGCAGUGGAGCUCAUAGAAUUCCAACUUAAUCAUUUAAUUUAGGAUUGAAACUUUCAAAACUAUCAACAUCUGAAACAUUUUAUUUUUUCUAAUCCCUGGGGUUUUUAUCUUGUUUUGAAAUUUUUAAUGAAGCCAGUGUUUUUAACACAAGUUCAUUAAAGAGAAAAAUAAUUCACAUAUUCAUCUGAAUAUGAAAAAAACACAAAGAACCACAUAUGUUCUUCAUUCAGAAAAAAAUUGAAUAUAAAAAGACUUUUUUUUCGCAAUGUGCUUGCAUUUGCAAAAAAAGUUGUUUUUUUUUUCUUUGUUUACAUAUUUCGAAACAAUACUCAACGUUGAGAAAUUAAUAAUUUAUCACUCUAAGCGUGUGUGUUUUUCGACAGAUUUUUUGCGCGCAAACAAUACCUGAUAUUCGUCGUCCGGCAAAUUAGACCAUCUUACACGGAAUUUCCUAACUAUAUAGAUUUAUUUACAUUUUUUAUACAUGAUAUUUAAUUUUUUGCUCGCAUCUAUGAAUAGUGUAUAUUCUUAUUUUUCUACUACGUUAUUUAUCAGUCUGCAAAAAAUCCACUUUGCUUGGCUGUUGUUUAUGUUGUGUUGGUGAUUGUUUUAUGUAAAAUUUGGUAACUGUUCCAAAGCAGAUUAAAUGGAGAGGACGAAAAGCAAAAUAUUUGAAUUUUCGUAAUCUGAAGACAAAUAAAUGUUACACACAAUGUAAUCGCGAUGAAAGUGUCUCCUCGAGUUUUGCUCUCCAUCGCAGAUACUUUUUUAGAAAGACAAGGUUAGAUUUUUAUUUUCAGUUGUUCGGGACCAAAGCACAGGAGAGAUUUAGGUUAUUUUUUAUAUGCAUACUCAAUCUAGUUAUCUUUUAUUUGUUUUUCAGAAUAUUUCUUGUGAUCUAAUUUACAUGGCCUUUAAAAAGCAAAGGUGAGAUAUGCUAGUGUAUGGGUUAACAUAUCACUAUGAAAAUAUUUGUCUUUAAACGUUGUAGUGUAAACAAGGUGUUAUUGAACGACCUGUCAAGACUUUUUGUUAUUAAUCAAAACUCUGAUUUCCUAAUAUGAGAAUUAAAAGUUGUUUAUUAUUGUGCUUGUUGUUUUUUAUAGUUCUGUAUCGUCUUAUUUGCGUAUAAUGUUUAUGUGAAAAGAAAUUUUUGUAUAUAUUGUAUUUAGUUAGAUGUUACAAUUGUAAAAAUGGUGAACAAAACACAAAAUUAUUAUAUUUGACGCCGAAUAAUUCUGUAAAUUAUUUUUAAAACUUCCAUUUUUUUAAAACUUUUAUCUGCUUCGUUUGAUAAGUCGUGUCUAUCUUACGUUCUUCUUGCGUUCUAUUUGUCUCUUCAUUUUAUUCUCGACAAAUUCAGAUGGUUUCACCUCCUUUUUUUCGAACUUUUUUGUGGUAUGUAAUUAUCUUGUGUUUUUACAUGCAAUGAUGAUAGGAGAAAAUAAAUCUUAAAAAAUAA